AGAAUAUGUUGUUAGUGAGAUGAAUAGCUAUUGACUUAGAAGAUCUGAUUUCCAACCUCACACCUCCUUUUGCUUCCCAACAUGGAGGAGGAAUACAAACAGUUGCCUACAACUGAAAGGGUUGUUAGCACGGUUCCAUACCCUCCAACAGAGUUACUAAGAAUAGAGCAGGUAUUCGACGAGGAUGGAAUUCCUAAAAUGGAUGUAUUAAAAGCGCAUUUCUGUGCUGAGGGAAAGUUAACAGAAGAAUGUGCACUACGUAUCAUUAAUGACGGUGCUGAUAUUCUGCAUAAGGAAAAAACUAUGAUUAAUGUAGAAGCACCUGUAACAGUGUGCGGUGAUAUACACGGACAGUUCUACGAUCUGAUGAAAUUGUUCGAAGUUGGAGGAUCUCCGGACACAACCAGAUAUUUGUUCCUCGGCGACUAUGUAGACAGGGGCUACUUCUCUAUUGAGUGCGUAUUGUACCUGUGGGCCCUGAAGAUAAAGCACACAAACACACUGUUCUUAUUACGUGGAAACCACGAGUGUAGACAUCUAACAGAGUACUUUACCUUCAAACUAGAAUGUAAGAUAAAGUACACUGAGGAUGUGUAUGAAGCUUGUAUGACUUCUUUUGACUAUCUACCUCUAGCUGCCAUUAUGAAUGGUCAGUUCCUUUGUGUCCACGGUGGAUUAUCUCCAGAGAUUCAGACUCUAGAUGAUAUUAGAAAGUUGGACAGAUUUAAAGAGCCUCCCGCAUACGGUCCCAUGUGUGAUCUGCUGUGGGCGGAUCCUAUAGAGGAGUUUGGUAACGAGGGCAACAACGACCACUUCUCUCACAACUCAGUGAGGGGGUGCUCUUUCUUUUUCAGUUUUCACGCGUGCUGUGAGUUCCUACAAAGAAAUAAUCUACUGUCAAUUAUCAGAGCGCACGAGGCUCAGGAUGCAGGGUAUCGAAUGUACAAGAAGAACCACGCUACUGGAUUUCCUUCCCUCAUAACUAUCUUCUCCGCACCAAACUACCUGGACGUUUAUAACAAUAAAGCGGCUGUUUUGAAGUAUGAAAACAACGUCAUGAACAUCAGACAGUUCAACUGUUCUCCUCAUCCCUAUUGGCUCCCCAACUUUAUGGACGUGUUCACGUGGUCUCUUCCCUUCGUCGGAGAGAAAGUUACCGAAAUGUUGGUUUCUAUAUUAUCUAUCUGUCCUGAUGACGAAGUAGAUGGAGAGGGUGAAGAAGAAGGAGAAGAAGAUGAGCAACUGGAAUGGUAUAUGGAUAUCCUGAGAGGUGUGUUUAACGGAGGUGUGUCCUCACGAGAUAAACCAACUUCCAGCCACACUGCGGUUGAUAAACUGCCUACCUCUGAGACUGUGGUUGAUAGACUGCCUAUCUCGGACUCUGAAGCUGAAAGAUUGUCUACUUCCAGCGCGCAUUCUAGGAAGAUUAGUAGUGCAAUUCAUGACCACUUACUAAUAACGCCUGCAAUGCAAGAGGCCAGGAGGGAGGUCAUCAAGAACAAAAUCCGGGCUAUCGGGAAAAUGGCACACGCCUUUACCGUUCUAAGGGAGGAAAGUGAGAGUGUUCUCCACUUAAAGGGACUAACUCCCACUGGGAGUAUUCCUAAAGGUGUUCUGAUGGGCGGUAAAUCCGCUAUUGAAGACGCUAUAAGUGGAUUUGAGCGAGCUAAGCAGAUGGACCGUGUCAACGAAAAAAUGCCUCCGAGAACAAAUAGUACCACUGCUGAAGUGCCGCAAUCAGGGGAUCAGUAAGCAGCGGCGUUUGACCGUUGCCAUAGUAACAUAGCGUUGUGUGCCUGACAAGUGCCAGAGUAACGUUCUUUGGUAUACAAUUAAUUUUGGUCUUUUUCUUAAAGUUACUAUGUUGAUGAAAGAGCACUGUGCCUAUUAUAUAUGAUGGUGUAAAGUGAAAUUGUUGCCAGAAUGUUAAGGAGCUGCGGACCUUAUUUAUUUAAUUGGCUUAUUGAUUAGUUACCAUAGUUACACUACUAGUGUAACAAGUGAGUUACUAUUGAUUAGUAAAGUAAGUGGAAGUUCAGAAAGCAAUUUAAAGUUCAUGUUGUGAGGAGUGGGCAGGUUGUCAUAAUUAAUUAGCUAAUUAACUAAUUAAGUUGCAGCUAGCUCGUUCGCUAAUUUAUUUUCAUUGAUCAACUUUAUAACUCAACACUCAUUCUUGGGAGACUUUCACUAACUAAUUAGUAGUAAUUAGUAGCAUUACUACUACUACUACUACUACUAACUAAUUAGUAGUAAUUAGUAGCAUUACUACUACUACUACUACUAAUAGUCCUCCGUUUCAACAGUGAGGCAAGGCAUUUAGUUAACACAGUGUACUACACUUAAUUAUUUUUGCUACUGUACUACUACUGUACUACUAGUACUACUGUACUACUACUAUUUUGCUAGUAUGUUUUCGUUACCUAUUCAACUGCCGCCCCAUAUCUUAUGUUUUGGUUUUUUAAUUCAACUUUAGUAGGUGUAACAGAUAGCAAGGUUUAUGAAAUGAGGAGCCCUAUAUUUCUUAUCAUAAAACGUGCAUAUUAUGCAAUUUUUUCAUUUUAUGCGAAUUGUAUAUCUUGCAACUCGCGUGCUAUGCAUACUGCGUACCAUGCAAGUUGUAUUGUAUUGUAUAUUGUAGCAGCACUCUAGCAAGUGAUUUAAGUUUUACCAUUAGUUUUCCACUCCAUAAGUUAUUAGCUAAUUAGCUAAUAGCUUGUUCAGUUGGUUAAAUUUUACUGCAAUUCUCUAACAGAACUGGGGGUUAUUUUCAGUGAUUAAGCAAGUUGUUGUUAUGAUGAGGGAACACUAUGUUACAAUUUUGAUAAGAAUUGAGGGAGAAGGCUGUGCAAUUCUUUGUCUUUAUUUUUCUAGUCUGUAAAAUAAAAAUUCUGGGAUUUUUGCCUCUUUCGGUGGAUUAACGAUAUAUUUGAGGCGAAACCUUGGGGACGGGGCAUGUGUUUAAAAACGUAGAAUUAAAAUAAAUUGAAGUUAAGGGUGGGAGGUAGAGUUAUAAAGUGCCUCUAAACGACCUACCACGUGUUACACAGGAAUGUAAGCUGCAUAACUUCACCCCUUAAUAUCAGGACUGGGAAACACAUUUUUUAAAACUUUCACAUCUAGUUUGGAAGGGCGAUAUUCUAGCUCAAAUUUUGAGACUUCACCACGACUACCGUUAUGCUUAUACUUAUAGUGUUUUGCUUUUUGGAUCCGUUAAUAAAACGAAAUAUAUUGCUACACUGUGUAGUAACAUGAAUAUUACUAUGUUAUGUAAAUUUUGUGAAUUGCUAUUCAUCCAUACAUUGGUUAAA